GCGGCAGCAGCAGUCCCGGAGCUGAGGCCGGUGUCGGAGUCCCUGCAGCCGGGCCCAGCUACCGGCCUACGCCGGGACAUGGAGGCUGCAGCCGGCGGCGGCGGUAGCCGUUCCCUGUCUCCGGCGGCCAGGGAGCUGCUGCGGAGCCUGGGCAGCUGCAGCAAACACGCCUCGUACCUGCGGCAGAACCUGCGGGAGACCAAGAAGUACUUCAGGGAGCUGCGGCACCCGCACGGCGGCAGCCCCGGGCCCCAGGAAGGUGAGCAGGGCCUGGAGGGCGAGGGUGAGACCGGGCCCGGAGAGGCUGACACCCGGCCCGGGCUCCUGCAAGGUUCUUUGAGCUGCAUAUCGUUCCCACAACAUGAAGAGGAAUACCUGCAGGCAACAGUGGGCUGCUUUCCAUGUAUUAUGAUUCUGGGUCAGAACUGUGGGGCCAAGUGUCAUGUACUGAACAGUCUGUUGGGUGAAAAGCUUUUGCCCGUUGCCAAAAGUGGCAACGAGAAGUGUAAAAGGAGACGACUGAAGUUUACCCAUGGAAAGAGGACCAAUAUUAGCUUGGCCUUGCCUGGACAAUAUGUGUUAGUUCAUCACCUUGUGGCACACCAGGGCAAAUGGGACACCAUUCCUGAGGAGGACCUGGAAAUUCAAGAUAGCAGUCAAGAUCCUGCACAUCGUGCAGCGCAUCUGGAAGUAACGCUGCAUCAUCCAUUGUUGCAGGAAAUGGAAAUUCUAGUUCUUCCAUGCCAUGAAACUGGGGCAGAAGGGGGAAAGCUUGGUGACUGUUGGAAACAUUCCCUGCCAAUUAUUGUCUAUGCCAUCAGUGAGGAGCGUUUGACAGACUCAGAAGAAAGUGAGCUGCAGGAGAUGAGGGAACAUGCCCUGCCUGUUUUCUUCAUCAAGGUACCAAAACACCUGAGCAGUCUCCACCCAGACUCUCACUCUGGACCAGACAAGGAGCUCUCAGUGAAAAAUUCCAAGUCUGAAAAGGAAAAGAGCUGCCUUUACCGUCAGCUCACUAAGUUGGACUACCUGGGCCCCACUGUGGUUGGAUUGUCCAACACCAGCAAAGCCCAAAGUACGUUGGUAGAACACUUUGAGAAAUUUCGGCAGCUUGGCAUCUUUGCGAAGCAAGUGGUGCAGAUGCACCUUGUGGAUGCAGCGACUGUGCUGAAUGGCGUCCACUGCCGGUGUUUGGACAUCUUCAUCAACCAGGCCUUCGACAUGCAGAGAGACUUGCAGAUCACUCCCAAGAGGCUGGAGUACACCAGGGACAAGGAAAAUGAGCUGUUCCAGUCGCUGAUGAUCAUAGCCAACAGGAAGCAGGAGGAAAUGAGAGACAUGAUCAUCGACACUCUCAACAGCAUGAAGGAGGAGCUUUUGGAUGAAGCAGCAAACUUGCAAUUCAAAGACAUAAUCAUCUCGGAGAAUGGUGAGACUGUUGGCAAUAAGGACAUUAAGUGCUGCAUCAAACAGAUUCAAGAGUUGAUUAUUUCUCGGUUAAAUCAAGCAGUUGCCAAUAAGCUGAUCAGCUCUGUAGACUACCUUCGAGAGAGUUUUGUUGGGACCCUCGAACGCUGCCUCAAGAGCCUGGAGAAAUCUAAUCAAGAUUCUGCCAUGAACAAUGUUACCAGCAAUCACCUGAAACAGAUUUUAAACGCUGCUUAUCAUGUUGAGGUGACAUUCCAUUCAGGAUCAACGGUGUCGCGGCUGCUUUGGGAGCAGAUUAAGCAGAUUAUUCAUAGGAUGCCAUGGGUACAUCCCCCAGCUGUGACAAUUGAGUGGAAAAGGAAAAUUGCACAAGAUGCCAUAGAGAGCCUCUGUGCUUCAAAACUUGCCAAGAGUAUAUGUAGUCAAUUCCGCACCCGGCUCAACAGUUCACAUGAAGCAUUUGCUGCCUCUUUACGACAGCUUGAAACAGGGCUUUCAGGAAGACUUGAAAAGACUGAAGAUCUGUGGCUGAAAGUACGCAAAGAUCAUGCCCCACGUCUAGCUCGUCUUUCACUGGAAAGUCGUUCUCUACGGGAUUUGCUGCUGCAUGGUAAACCUAAAUUAGGGCGCGAGCUGGGCCGUGGCCAGUAUGGAGUGGUGUACCUAUGCGACAGUUGGGCUGGUCACUCGCCCUGUGCACUGAAGUCUGUCGUGCCUCCAGAUGACAAGCACUGGAAUGACCUUGCACUAGAAUUCCACUAUACAAGAUCUUUACCCAGACAUGAACGGCUGGUUGAUCUUCAUGGGUCAGUAAUAGACUACAGUUAUGGAGGUGGAUCCAGCAUUGCUGUCCUGUUAAUCAUGGAGAGACUACACCGAGAUCUCUAUGCUGGGUUGAAGGUUGGCCUGAAGCUUGAAGUACGUUUGCAGAUAGCUCUUGAUGUAGUGGAAGGUAUCCGGUUUCUCCACUGCCAAGGACUCGUGCAUCGAGACAUUAAAUUGAAAAAUGUGUUGUUGGAUAAGCAGAAUCGAGCCAAAAUCACUGACCUGGGGUUCUGCAAGCCCGAAGCUAUGAUGUCUGGGAGCAUCGUGGGGACUCCUAUACACAUGGCCCCUGAGCUGUUUUCAGGAAAGUAUGAUAAUUCCGUGGAUGUGUAUGCAUUCGGAAUCCUUUUCUGGUAUCUGUGCACUGGAACAAUUAAACUCCCGGAGGCGUUUGAAAAAUGUUCAAGCAAGGAUCAGCUGUGGAACAAUGUGAAGAAAGGUGCACGGCCGGAACGACUACCUUCGUUUGACGAGGAGUGCUGGCAGCUGAUGGAGGCGUGCUGGAACGGUGACCCUUCCCAGAGGCCCUUGCUCGGAAUAGUUCAGCCCAUCCUGCAAAGCAUCAUGGACAGACUCUGUAAAAGUAACUCUGGGCCGCUGUGCAACGAUGGCUCAACGUGAUGAGCGAGUGGAGAACAGUGCGGAUUUGCAGGAAUACUCCACAGAGUGGGGGUAAAGAAGCAAAGGAGGAACCCAGCUUAUUGAGGCCGGGUUGUUUCAGUUGACUCAAUAUAAGUAUUAACACUAGUUCAGCAUUACUGUUUACCUUCUGCUAUGCAGCAAGAAAGCAAAACUUGAUAUUUUUUAUCCAUUUUCUUGGACUUGUGGAGGAUGCAAUAGGACAGCUUGUUGGGACUGUUGCAAGGAACUCAUUGGCUUUUUUUCUGGACAGUAUUUUUGAGUAAACCUUGCUUGCAGUUCUCCAAGUUCUCAUAUAAUGUCAUUAAAAGGAGGAACAGAUAGGAAUGCAGCUGCCUAUUCCUUGCAGCUUCCCUCCCAUCCACUAAUUUCCUUCCCUCUUCCCACCCCCAUCUGAUCCACAUGAACUGUUGCAUUGAGUGUAGAUUGCAUCUGGUGGAUGAGUGUUCUUUCGCUAAGGGAUGAGGGGAGACAAUGGGGAGGAAAAGAACAUCUUGGCUCAAGAUUAGAGCACUGGCAGCAUUCAUCAUUCAUUUUCUGUCAAUAGCUUCUAAUACCAGGGCACAGUGGUAUUUGUUUUUGCACUACUGGCACUCAUCUUUCUCUCUUUCCACAAAUAGUGUCACUUUGCACUAAUAUUUUUAGUUUGGAAUUCACAAGUUUUGGGAAAUUAUGCAGAGUCAUACUAUUUUCCUUGUCUGUGCUGCUGUGUACUGGAUCGAAAAUGGAGACGAUUGCACCUCUCCUCUCCUCCUCCUUUUGAAGGUGUCAGUUAAUAGUUCCUGAUCCCUGCUUGUGCCUGGUGGUGUUUUACAAAAGAAUUGCCACUUUUAUUUUAUUAACAACUCAUUUGAGUCUUUUGGUACAUUAAGAUCCUUUUCUAAAUAUUGAAGAACAAUAUCACUACACACAAUCAUAGUUCAGUUGAAUAAAAACUGGGAACGGAGGCUACGAGGGAAGUGCUGAUGCUUGAAAGGUUUUAAAAGUGAAAUGUGAAAGAAAUCCCAAUUUUUACAUUUAGCCCUUGUGCUUUUAGCAAUGUGCCAAUGACCGUAUUCAACAACUAUCCAUGUGUUUGCCAUCUGAUGGAUUCUUCAGCUUCUGCUGAUCCUCAAGUAAAUGUAGCACCCGAUGGAGGGAAAGGUUGCUACAGUCCUGACCUUCCUCUCUAGCCAAGAAAUUAAGGAGCGGAAUACCUCUGAUUUGAGGAUGUUUGAAGCUUCCCAACGUUGAACACUACAUUUCCUACCAUUGUUUGUAGCUUCAUUUUCAGCCAUUAGAAGAACCAAGUUAAAGAUCUCAGCUUUGCUUUACUUGGUCAUCUACCUGCCAAUUUAGCAGUAUCAGGCACUUCAGGAAUGACAGGCUGUGCCAUGUUCUAUAGGCACAUUGGUCAGUUAUCAGCAAACUGGGGGUCAACUCCAUUUGCUAAGUGUGUUGUGGCUGAAAACUUGGUGAGGGGUCUUGAACAAGAAAUAGUGAAUCAGCAGCCUUGUUUUACACUCCAUCCUUUUUUAAAAAGUGCAGAUCGGGCUGAAGGUUCCCUAUCUUCCAUCUUGCAUUUCCAGCUAAACCUACAUUUUGUGUUCUAAUCUGCUGUUUUAUAAGUGUUAUUUUUAAACUGUUCUGUGUAUCUUUAUUGUUUACUUAUUUUUUCUGUGACUCUGGUCCCCUCCCAAGGUAAUGGGCUUCUUUUCUAAAUGGUUGAGUUUUUCCCCAUUGAAAUCCAUAAUCUUCCAAAAAUUUGGUCAUUCACUCAUUUCCAUAUUAAACUAAGAUAUUGAAACACCUUUUUUCAAAUGUGAGUGUUAUCAUAAGACAGGAAAGAUACAUUGUAUGGAUAUCUAUAUUGGUAAUCACUUUUUUUAAAAAUAGGGGUGUUUCUGGGGUCAGAAGAGUCAUUGAAUAAGCAACUGGAAGCUGUAGCCAAUGGGAUCUAAUUCAUUCUUAGAACACAAAACCCAUUAAUUUAGUACUUUGACAUCUAGCCAAAUUGGCCGAGUUCAUUUCUUUCUGAACUAAGGACUGACUGUUAGAUCUAAUGCUUCAUCCUUCCACAAUCCACUUGAAGAUGAUGUAAACACUAACUUUAUUACCAAAAAAGAUCCAGGCUAGCUGCUUUCCAAUGCUUGACAACUUACUCAGUAAUCUGAUCAGUUCGGUUUGAUCAUUUGGUGUGACAUGCAAGUGUUGAGUUGUUUUGAAAUCUGCUGCUGAGUUCACAGUGUCUGGGACGUUAUUUGAUGCUGUUGAGAAGGAUGCAGUUCUUAGAAGGGCAGGCAUUAGAUAGAUGAAUGAGACAGAAGAGUGACAAAUUUGAUGCAAAAGCAGCUUGGUAAAAUGUUUUUAUAUAGAAGUCUUAACUCUUCAGACUGAAAUGGACAGAGAACCCUCUUCUCCAAGCCUGUAGCAUCAUGUGGUCAUAGGAUGGAAUAUUCAGUUAGUAAUUCUGCUCGUUUGACUGUCAUGCUUCUCCCAAGGUAAGAGGCAUUGAGUGGCUGGACAUGUGUUUGAGAGCCUGAACAUUUGCAAGGACUGCAUCACCUUGGAUACAUGUGGAAGUUGUCUCCUAUUAACCAAUGAGUCUCUUGCACUUUGUUUUAACCAGUAUUGCUUUUGGAGCAAAAGUAUUACUUUGUUACUGAUCAAAACGUCUUCUAAACCAUGUGAUAGAAAAAUAAGUUAUUAAAUCGGGCAGGAUAAAUCAGAAUGCUGGUAGCAUCACUGAUGGGUCCUUACCCCAGUAUUUCUAAGUUUGAAACCUAAAUGCCCCACUUGCUUCACUGUCAUAAAGUAGGUGGACUGAUGGAUCCUCUUGUCAUAGAAUUUAGUGGUUUGUUCAGAGAUCGAUUGCCAACCAGCAGCCAACUUCCCCCUCUUCCUAUGUCCAAAGUUCAAAACACAAUUGGAAGAAGCCUCAACCUGUAGCUUCUCUUUGGAGGAACCACCAUACCCUGAAACACUACACAGCAAAGAAGGUCAAGUGGUGCCCCUUCCCCCUAUUUCACCUGCACGAAUUCAGUGGAACAAGUUUGGCAGAAGGGGCGAACAGCUCUGGGAUUGUGUAUAAUUUUGAAAUGUAAAAAAAAUUUAGAGGAAAGGAGCUGCUUCCAAGUGAGCACCUGCAAGUGACAAAACCCUUAACCUACCUUUGCAGAAAACACUUAAAUCAUCAAAAGCACUAGACAAUUCGCAGAAUGUCUCAGCUGGGAGGGUCAGCUUGACCCCACAAAUUAAUGCUUUUUUCUGUGCUAUCCUAAUCCCACUGAGAUCUGGAUGGAUGAACUUUUUGAACUUUGUUCAGUUUGCGACCCCCUAACACACACACACACACACACACACACACACACAACCCCCCCCCCACCCCGCCAACCAAAAGAACAAUAGUAGCAUUAGUCCUAUCGUCCUUCCGCCCGGUUAGGAUUCCGGUUGGUGUCCAGAGGGGAGAUAUUGCUGCAAAUUGACUACACCAGUCCGUCUAGGUUAGCUGGAUAUUUGAGCUUUUUGCGGGGUUAAAUUUGUCUUGCUUAGAUUUUGUUUGCCAUAUUUGAAAUCAAGCGUGAACCAAUCGAGUGAGUUCAAAACUCCAUCCCAUUGGUUGAAGGCAAAGAAACGUUUGAAAAUUUUCGUAGAGGCUUUUUUUAGCAGGCUGUGGGGUUAGUGCAAUGUUUGUUCACCUCUUGGGCCUGGGUAUGAAUCCAGCUUAGGCCAGUGAAGUGCCUGUCUAAAAGACCCUACAUUAAGAGAAAUGAGACCAGGCUCCAUUCCAUUCCUGGUGUUGCAAGUCCACAGCACAAAACUGUCCCUAAAUUUGUUCAGAUGAAGGGAAUAGCAAAGUUCAAAUUAAUGAAGUAGAGGGAAAGAGCUGCUGUAUGGUUGACCAUCUGCAAGUGACAAGUCUUUAAUCUUCCCCUCUAGUAAUUAAAUACAAAAAAAUAAUGUUCGUUAAAACACAUUUUUACAGCAGAAAAGGGAAAGCUUUAUUUUCCAUUUGGCUCCUGCUAUUUACUUGGAAGUUGGGCAUUGCCGCAACUGUGUCCAAGAAGUUGUUCCAUUCAUGCUAUUGAUCUUCCUCAACGAGUACGGAAAAAUUGUUCACUAGAAUUGGAAAUUUGCAUGGGCAACAAUAGCACUUGGAAAAUACUCAUGGUCCCAUUUAAGCCCUAGAAAAUAAACCUUUUUAUAAAAGCUAAAGAAAUGAGAGAAAUCACUACUGAUUUGAAUGUGAUUCACAGCAAGCAAUUAAGAUGAGGGGAUGUGAAAAACAUUGAAAGAGGCAGGGCUGCUUUCAAUGGAAGUAGUAAGAGAGUUUAAUCUAUUGAAGCAUUCCUGAGUUUAAAUGUUCAGAGCUCUUCUCUUAACCUCAGGAUUAGCUUCAGGAUUUAUUUUCAAAGGGAUGUAGUUUGGCAGCUGCAUCAUAGAAUUCCAUGGUAGGGCCAGGAAGCAAUGAACCUUUAACCAGUUAGCUUGUACAUAGCCUUUUAUAGAGGAACUACACUCCAUCACAGCAUCAUUUGCCAAGUUUUCAGAUCCUCCUGCUGUGAAGAAAUCUAGGUAGUGCGUAGACUUUUUAGGGAAAGAAAUCCAUUCACUGUGUCAACUUUUUUCAAGUUCCAGAUAGAAGCUUAGUUGAAACAAAGCAUGGGUAGCCUGUCCCUUUUCUUUAAAAAAAAAGAGUAAUUCCUAGCCAUACAACAAUUCUGGAUUUAAGUUGGAUUUCUCAACAGGGUGCCUCAUUGCUUUAGACACUGAGCUUUGAGAGCACAGGUACAGUAAUGUAAUUGUCUUGGAGCAUUGAGGGGCAGAGCAGAAGGGUCCAGGUGUUUGAUUUUCUUCCACACUCCUUAAUUGAGUUAUGUAUAAGAGUUGGGAGAAAAUUAGAGGGAGAGUAAUAGUUUGCCAAGUUAUUGCAAUGAAUGUGGCUGUACAGGCAGACCUGUGAGAUGUUGGAGAAGGUCAUCUGAUUAUCCUAAACCCAGAGAAGCUGCCUGGCACGUAGAGAAAGUGGAGGGGCUGAAGAGGAUUCAUAUAAUCAAAAAAUUAGAUAGAUGCCCCUUUUUUUCCCUUUUUUAUUAUGAUGGGGUAUAAAGGGAUCAAGAGCCAAAAAAGUCAUGUAGAUAUAUAAAUCGAUUCUAACAACACUAAUUCAGAUGAUUUGAACCUUGAGUAUUCUAAAGCAGUGGUGUGAGUACACCAGUUUUAACUUGAAACUUAGCAAAUCUCUCCACAGUCCCACAAACUGAUCUGUGCAAAGUAGUAAGAUGUUUUGAUGUCACUUUCAGAAAUGCUAUUGGAGCUGAAGGUCAGUAUUCCUUAUAAGAGCAAAGCUGAGAAGUUUGUGUAAAUUGUGUUAUUGAACACUGUGACAAGGCUGGCUUACCUUAUAGCACUUCAGCCUUCGAAAGAGGCUUGUAUUUUUAUUUUGAAACAAAGCACUUGGACUGUCAACUGCACUUUGUGUACACAGGCCUCUGAGGUUCCUUGGGUUGCUGUGUUGAGCUGAAGCCUGUUAUACAACACUGAACUGCGGAGGUGGUGAGCUUGGCUCCAACCACUUUUAAAUUGGGCACUCUGUGGGAAAGCCAUCUAGCCUUGGCUGCUGCAGUUCUAAAAAGGACAGUCUAAGCACAAGUCUGACUCCUUUUCCAGAAGAACAAGACCCAUUGCACUUUGCAGUUCAUCAAUUCCCACCAGGCAAAAGUCAUGUUGCUCCAGUUGCAGGCUGGAUGGGGAAAAUUCCACCUACAUGUAAAACUUCUCAGUGAGGUAACUCUACCUGUUUGCGCUGUUACCUGAACCAUUCUGGCGAUGUGGUUUUACUUCUUUAAGGCACUGCCUUUCACUCCAUAUUUAAAAACACAAGUCCAGUAUUAAAGACUCCCGAGAUGCUAACUCGUGGCUCAACAUGUUUACAUACAACCUUGCACACUUUAUCGCACUCAACCCCCCCUUUGGUUGUGCUGAAUCCUUCCUCACUUUCCCAACCAAUAAAGUGCCAAGAAUUCCACAUGCCACAGAAGCUAACUGGGCAUGCUGCUGAAAUAUAAAUAGCCGCACACACACUCGGCCAUAUGUGUCACAGCCUGGGUGUGCAUUUGUACGCAUGCUCUCUCAACUCAUGUGGCCCAACCAGACCCAAGAUAUAAACUAAAUAUGGUUCAUUAAUAUUUUGGACCGUUGACAUGUUAAACCAUAUUUGUUUGUAUAAUAUACUUAAUAGAAGUAUAACUGUAUUCUUGUGUAAUGUAUAUGUGUGUGAAUGUGGUACGUGAAAAAUGUCCAUUAAGGUUCAUUAAUCCUUUAAAACCAAAAGUGCAUUGUACAAUUGACUAAAUUACUGCACUUUACUUAUAAUUGCCAGUACAAAAUUAAUCUAGAAAUCUCACAGUAAAGAUUCUGGUUUAUUCCUUGUAACUUUUAAUUUCCCUAAAAAUUUAUGAAAAUAUAUUUUGGAUCAAUUCUCCUUUCGUUUUGGGGGAAAUGGCGCCUUUUGGAUUAUCCUUUUGCUGGCUUAACUGGAGCUUUGGUUGGUGGGCUAGCUGUCAAAGUGUUCUCCACCUUCAGUUCAGUUGUGAACAACACACACCACUGUAGAAUCAUGAGAGGGAGGCCAAUACAUCAAUUGUUAUUGUUACCAAAGCCAUCCUUAAAGGACCUCCCUCUUGUCAUUGCUGUUACUCCUGUCCGCUCUCACUGUAACAGGAUUUGAUAGCAAGGAAAGGCUCAAGAUGGGCCUAGACAGGGAGCUGAACUGGGUGAAUAGGAAACUUUUCUAACACUUGCGUGCUGAUGCUCUUAGAAGUGGAAAGGGCAGCACAAUUUUCAGUAAGCGAGCCAUUUUUUUUUUAAAAAAAGCUCAUUGGCCCCCUCCCAUCCCAUUUUCCUUUCAAAUCGGUCAUUCUGCCCUAAUUGGCCCAGUACCAUCCUGCUAAUUGUUCACCAACCAACCUACUAUAGCACUUGCUUAAUUUCCCUGCUUGGUAAAACCCUAGAGUAAAGAGAGGAUUUUACAACCAAAAUGGGCAUUUUGUAUGUUUGUGUGCGCACCCAUAUGUGACUUCCCUCCCCAUCCCCCUCAAAUUGGGGAGGGACCAGGGGUUUAAACAACAUUUACAGCAUUUCCAGUUGAGGGAGAAUCCUGUGGGAAUCAUGAGCACAAUCCUGUAUAGAACAAUUGUGAUUUUGUUUUUCUUUUGGUAUAUUCUGACACUGUUUUGUUUUAAUGUAAAUGGUGACUAGUCUUGGCAUCAUAAUGGAGAUUUUUAAAAUACUAAAUAUGCUUGGACUCUAGUGCAAUGCAAAACAACUAUUUGGAUGCAUUAUUAAUAUUUUACCAUUGUGUACUCCUCAAUCUUUCUCCAGUAAAGCCAUUGAGUAAAGUUUCAAGAUAAAGUACUUGUUUUAAAACAAAAUGUUACUCCAUUGUUAAAAUGCCUCUGCUCUCAAAUCCUGUUUUAUAUAAAAACAGAAAAACUGCACAAAAUACAAGGUGCUACAUAAUAAAGAUGAACAUUAACCUA